ACCGAUUGCAGGAGAAAGCGGCCGAAGCGCGGCUUGACGUUCUGCUACUCAGGGCCCCACGAGCGCGGUCGUACUCAGAUUCCGGGGCUCGGUCUUGACGAGAUGGCGGAGGAAGGAGGGCAGGCCGAAGCCGAAGCCCGAAGAGCGGGCGAGGAAGGCGAGCUUCGGCCGAGGGGCGCCGCGGAGCAGUCCUCGCGGCGCCUGGUGCUCCCCGCUUCAUGGCUGUCCCCGGCGGGCGAGCUGCCCGCGGGGCUCGGGAGCUGGUAUCCGGCCCUGGAGGUCUUGGACGUGAGCGGGACGGGGCUGUCGGUGCUGGGCCCCGAGCUGCUGGACCUGGCGCAUCUGCACACGCUGCUGGCAAAGAACAACCGGUUGGGGUGCCGCGGGUCCCUCCCGAAGGGCCUGGCCAGCGCCCCCCUGGGCCGGUCCUUGCGCGUCCUCAACUUGAGCGGCAACCGGUUCACGCACUUCCCCGCCUCGCUCCUGGGCCUCUCCCGCCUCCAGAGCCUCAGCCUGGGGAGCAACCGGCUCCAGAGCAUCCCCCCCGCCAUCCAGGAGCUUAGCAGUUUAGAAUUUUUGUAUCUUGGAGGAAAUUUCAUUACUUCCAUUCCACCAGAGUUAGCAAACCUGUCUUCACUAAAUUAUCUAGUCCUCUGUGAUAACAGGAUACAGAGUAUUCCACCUCAGUUGGCACAGUUGCAUUCACUUCGCUCUCUUAGCCUCCACAAUAAUUUACUGACAUAUCUUCCUCGGGAGAUCCUGAAUCUAGUUCAGCUUGAAGAAUUGAGUUUGCGUGGGAAUCCUUUGGUUGUGAGGUUUGUCCGUGAAUUGACCUACAAUCCUCCAAGCCUCCAAGAACUGGCUGGACGCACUAUCAAAACUCGCAAUAUUCCUUACAUUGCUAGUGAUCUCCCUGGAAAUCUCCUUCGAUAUUUGCGUCUGGCCAGCAAUUGUCCUAAUCCUAAAUGUGGAGGAGUCUAUUUUGACAGCUGUGUCCGCCAAAUAAAAUUUGUCGACUUCUGUGGGAAGUACCGCGUUCCACUGAUGCACUACCUUUGUUCCCCAGAGUGUUCUUCUCCUUACAGUUCUGCAUCUCAGAGUUCUAAUUCCCAGAGUGAAUCUGAUUCAGAAGAUGAAGCCAUUGUUGCUGCACGCAGGAUGCAAAAGGUUCUUUUGGGAUAGGAAGAAGAGAUAAUACAAGAAGCAAGUGCCUGAUGUCCUGAGGAAUGGGCUUGCCUAUGUUAUAUCAUUCACAGAAAAUGCACCUGUAGAAAAUGCAUCCAUAAGAAAGCCACUAAAUGCCUUAGGGAGAAAUUAGUAAAAAGACUUCUUACAGCUUGCUGUCUGGAAGAAUACUCUUAAAGCUUGAGAUGUUUCAGGAAUUCUUGGUAUUGGUUACUUGUUAGAGAUAUUUUAAACUCUUCAUCUUUGAUACUGGCUUUGAAGUGGAUUAUCUUAGUCACUGAGAUAACACUAAUACUUAUGUAAGAAUACAGAGUGGGAGUUCUUUAGUAAUGUGUUAAGCAACUAUCCUACUUGAAUAUUGGUCUUCCCAUAAAGGUGCUUGGGCUUUAUAUAUUUAUUUUUAACAAACUUCCUCCAAAAUGCACAAAUAUCAAAAUGUGUUACUUCCUUCUUUAUUUGGCUUCACUGCCUAUGAUCAAAUGCUAUGCUAUAACAGCAUUAAUGUGCCUUUCCAUAUUUUUAUACCAGCUCCAUUUUUCUGUCCUUCAGUGCAUUCCUAAAUUGUAUCUCCAAAUAUAUAGCAGCAAAAUUAUUGCUUUUUUGGUAGCACUUUUGCUAUUUUUUGACAAAAAACUGAAAUAGGUGUGUGUAUGAAAUGUGUGCAUGGUGAAAGACUGACAAACAGAAAAACUCUAUUUUGCCAGUUAAAUUGUCCCAAUUUCUUCCACAGGGGCUAAAUUCAGUGGGCUGCUGCAGUGCUCCCUAUGGCUAGUGCUCUUGAAAGUUAUGGUUCAGCAGAAUUGGGAAAGUUUCCAAUGUCUGUAUUAUGCUAUCAUCAUUAGUGCCUUCCUUGGGUUUGUAAUUAUCUAUGUAGCCAUACGUUUAACAUAAGUAUAAAAAUCAGAUUUUUACCAAUCCAUUUAUUUCUUCCGUUCUCUUUACUGCAAAGUUACUUACAUUAUAUGCUUCCUCUCUUCCCUUAUUUAUACUCACAUUAGAUUUUAUCAUAUGUGCAUUGCCUUUUUGCAAGACUCUGAUCCAAAUUUCCUGCCUCACAUUUCUAAGCAUGUUGAAGUAUUGAAGAUACCUCAUACAUUUAGGGAUAUGUCUAGUGUCUACAAAAGAUAAAUAUUCACAGAGGAGUUGCUGUUAUUAGGCAUCACUAGGUUUAUCAGUGACAGUGUUGAUAAAGUUAUGCAAUCAUUUUUCAGCACACAACUCUCCUUUCUUUACAGUAGAUAUGCUCUUUUUCACAGGUUUGUUUGGGGUCUUCAGUCUUUCCAGAAGCGGUAUUUCUUUUGCAUAUUGAAUGAAUAUUAUCAAUAGUAAUCACAUGUUGAGUGCUGAUUAAAAGUAAUACUUUUGCAAUGGACAGAUUCUUUUCUGAAUGACGUUUGGAAUGCUCUCAGCUACAUAGAAAUCUAUAUGUAUAAGUGAGAAGGGAAUCUGACAUAGAAAGAUCCCGGCAUUUUAGGGAGAAAGGAAUGCAGUAUUAUUACUGGGAUUAUUGCAAGACUUGUAAAAGAAAUUGGGAUCUACAGCUAUUUGUGCUUUUCCAUUGUGGCUUCUGCCUCCAGUGAAAGAUUUUCUGUUUGAUAGGAUUGGUUUGUGGACUUGCAUGGAUACAUAUAUAUCAUUUACUCACAAGUCUUUGAAAUGGCUCAUUUCAGAACCAUUCCAGCCAUUUCAAUGGCUGAUUUCAUACAUAUAUACUGUAUAUAUAGAAAGAAAUCUUACAGAGUGAACGUGGUAUGCAUCUUGGGCCAGAAUCCCCUAUCAGAUUAAUUUAUAUUUAGAUUCAAAUGUUAUUGAACUCUGGUUUCCACCAACCUCAGCCAACCACAAUACAAUAGUGUACUGCAAGAUCUUUAGCAUCUAGAGAACAAGAAUGAUCUGGUUUUACAAAGAAUGUCUUUAUAUGCAUUUAAGAAAUGCUGCUUUUAACAGCAAUAUAUAUUUUCCCCAUGUUCCCUUGUUAAUAUAAUCUAAUUUACUAAAAUGAUCAAAAGGAAAAAUCCUUUAUUGGAUUUUUCCAAUAAAACCCAUAUUGAUUUUUCCAUAAAAUCAAUAUUGCAACCUCAAUUUAGAAUUAACUCCUAUACAUUCACUAAGGCUUAGAAAUAGUUUUAAAGGGAGUGUUUUCAGACUUGAACAUGAUUAUUAUUUCAUUUUAGCAUUAUAGUUACAACUGAUGCAUGUAGGCAUAUAUUCAUUCAGUCUGCAAUUUCCAUCUUGAGAGAGAGUCUCAUACUUCUUUCCUCUAAUUGUGUUAUGUUAUAUCAGCCCAAUUCAAGAUUUUGGAGAACUUAGAAUGUUUGUAAAUUAUUCGGUGACAUUUAUGUUGAUUCCAAUUAAGAUACAAUCUAACUGAAUUUUAUUGUUUUUCUUAGGUAUAAUAUCUCUAUUUUUUCUGUUAAUUUAUUAAUGAUUUAUGUGUUUAAUGGAAUCUUGAUACUAUUUCAUGUCAGUCCUAUACAGGUAAAACCUAAUAUUGAUUCUUGUUUAAUCUGGCAUUUUUUGAUAAUAAGUUUAGGCAAUAUAAUUUUUCUGGUUUUUCCAUGGAUUGAUUUUAUUCUAAACUAUGAUUGAAAAUAUUGUUUGUACAUGUGUAUGAUUUGUACAUAUGCUCCACCCACAGGCAUAUAAGUUUUCAUUAAAGCAUUAUUUAGAUUUUGUUUUGAUUCUUUCCAUGGCAUAAAAAAAUGUCAAAUCUGAAUGUCCUUAAUGACCUCAUUUCUCUUGCUGUGUUUUCUUCCAAUCAUUUCUUUAUCCAUUAAUGCCAGAGGGAGAAUUUAUAAAUUAAAAAUUAGCACCUUAGAAUCUGUACAGAAAGUUUGGAGACAAUACCUGAAGCAAUUUGUAUAGUUUUUGUAUAUUUAUAUUUCCCUCUAAUUAAAUUUUAAACAAUUUUCUUGCUGAA